AUGGCCCCAAAGGACACGUCCCUGGCCCUCGGCAUGGUCUCCUUGAUGCUUCAUUUCAGCUGGACCUGGGUGGGCCUGCUCAUCACAGAAGGUCAGAAAGGUCGUCAGUUUCUCUCAGAUGUGAGAGCAGAGAUGGACAGGAACAGAAUCUGUGUAGCCUUUGUGAAAACAGUUGAAGUUACUCUUAGUGCUUAUUUUGGAAAGUUUCAACAUGAUUUCCAGGCCAGAGAACCGUCACCAGCAAACGUGGUUAUUGUUUACUAUGAUAGUGAGAGUCUAAGUGAUGUAAACUUUAAUAUAGGGGGAUAUCUUGUGACAUGGAGAGUCUGGGUGACAAACUCCCAAUGGCAUGCUGACGUGACGGGGAGAAACUUUGUACUUGACUCGUUUCAUGGGACUCUAAUUUUUUCAAACCACCACGAAGAGAUUUCUGGUUUCAAAAAUUUUAUUCAAACAGCUAACCCUUCCAAAUACCCAGAGAACAAUUUCCUUUCUCUGUACUGGUUCAAGAAUUUCCACUGCUCAUUCUCGGAUUCUGGCUGUUCAUUGAGGAACUGUCCACCAAACGCCUCCUUGGCGUGGCUGCCUGUGAGUCGUUUUGACACAGCCAUGAGUGAUGCGAGUUACAAUGUAUACAACGCUGUGUAUGCCGUGGCCCACGCCCUCCAGGAGAUGCUUCUCCAACAAGUACAGACACAAUCAAUGAAAACUGGAGAAGGAAUAGUGUUUGCCAUGUGGCAGCUGCACCCCUUUCUGAAGAGCGUCCACUUUAUUGGUACUACUGGAGACCAAGUGCAUUUGGAUGAUGAAAGGAAACUGGAAGCAGAGUAUGACAUUUUCAACAUUUGGAAUUUUCCUGAAGGUCUUAGACUUAGAGUGAAAGUAGGAGAGUUUUCUCCACAUGCUCUGCAUGGUCAAAAAUUGUCUUUAUCUGAUCACUUGAUUGAGUGGGCCACAGAAGUUACAGAGACUCCCCACUCUGUAUGCAGUGAAAGCUGUGAUCCUGGAUUUAGAAAAACUCCUCAGGAGGGAAAAGCUGCCUGUUGUUUUCAUUGCACCCCAUGUUCAGAGAAUGAGAUCGCCAACUUCACUGAUGCAGAACAGUGUGUAAAGUGCCCAGAUCAUCAGUAUGCCAACAUUAAGCGAAACAACUGCAUCCAGAAAUCUAUCACAUUUAUGGCUUAUGAAGACCUUUUAGGGAAGACUCUGGCUGGCACCACCCUGAGUCUCACUGUCCUCACAGCUGCUGUUCUUGGGCUCUUUGUGAAGCACCGAGACACUCCCAUCGUCAAGGCCAACAACCGGGCCCUCAGCUACACCCUGCUCAUCUCCCUCACCUGCUGCUUCCUCUGCUCCUUGCUCUUCAUUGGCCGGCCCAGCACAGCCACCUGCAUCCUGCAGCAGACCUCAUUUGCAGUCGUGUUCACUGUGGCUGUUUCCACUGUCUUGGCCAAAACCAUUACUGUGGUGCUGGCCUUUAAGGUCACUGCUCCAGGCAGAAGGAUGAGGCAGUUGCUGGUAUCAGGGGCUCCUAACUCCAUCAUCCCCAUCUGCUCCCUCAUCCAACUCACUCUCUGUGGCGUCUGGAUGGGGACAAAUCCACCCUACAUUGACACAGAUGCUCACUCUGAACAUGGCCACAUCCUCAUCGUGUGCAACAAGGGCUCCCUCACUGCCUUCUACUGUGUCCUGGGAUACCUGGGCUCCCUGGCCCUGGCGAGCUUCACCGUGGCUUUCCUGGCCAGGAACCUGCCCAACACGUUCAAUGAAGCCAAGUUCCUGACGUUCAGCAUGCUGGUGUUCUGCAGCGUGUGGGUCACCUUCCUCCCCGUGUACCACAGCACCAAGGGGAAGGUCGUGGUGGCCAUGGAGGUCUUCUCCAUCUUGGUUUUCAAUGCAGAGCUGCUGGGCUGA